AAUCACGAUAAUAUGACGAUGAACAGCAUUUAAAACACCUAAAAUUACCCGAAAAACAGUCUCAAUGUUCUCACAAACUUCCUAACACUGUUCAAGUAAAGCGUGAAGCGUACCUUAACUUGAUUUUAUAGCUAAUAGGCAACUGCCGUAACCGUGAAGAGACAGCAGCUCAAAGUUCUUUUUCAUCACUAUGGUGAAAGUGACGCUGGAGUUGCUGCGGCGCAGGUCUGAGCACAACGACGGUCUGGUGACCAGUCUGGAGGAGCUGGCGCUGCACCAGCUGGGCAUCACAGACCUCGGCCAACUGCCGGUGUGGUGUCCCAGACUCAGGAUACUCCUGCUGCAGGGCAACCUGCUCAGCCACCUGGGGAAGAUCGGGCGGCUGAAGGAACUUGUGUAUCUGAACUUAGCCUUGAACAACUUGGAGCUGCUGCCAUCAAGUUUAUGGCAGUGCGAAUCUCUGAAUAAACUUGACCUCACCGCCAACUUCAUCAGAGAUCUUCACCACACAGUGGGUGUGCUACAGAACCUUCCAUGCCUCACCGAACUAUACCUGAUGGGCAACCCUGUGAGCUCCUACGAAGGCUACAGGAGCUACGUCGUCGCUUCUCUGCCAGGUCUCCUCGAGCUGGACGGCAUUACCAUCCUGCGCCACGAGCGCAUCAAAGCCCUGCAAGAACGCGAGGUCUCGGACGCCGCAGUCGCGCGGGGCUACAAGACUGAGAGCCGCUCACGCGCACAGCAAAAGGCCGCUCAUGAGAACUUACGUGAAGCUGCAGCCCAGAUGAGCGAUCAUUCUGAGGACGACGAGGAGUUCAGCGUCAGGUGGAGCCAGGAGGCGAGCGACCACUGCCCUGAGACGCGCCUGUCCAUGCACGAGGAGCUGGAGCGGCGCAGGCGUAGACAAGCAGAGAAGGACGGACCGCCGGUGAAGAAAGAAGUGCGUCUGUAUGCCAAAGAUGGGCGGGCUCUGAACGUCAACGAGGCUAAAAUUAAUUUCAAAUUCACAGACGACGAAGAGCACAACAACUACAAGCUGGAAGUGCACACCUACAAGCACCUGGACCCAUCGCUACUGCAGUGCGAGGUGCAGCCGCUGCUGGUGCGAGUCGUCGUCUGCGGAAAGACCCUGCAGCUCGUGUUGCCUGGUGAGGUGCGUUGUCUGGAAGCCACAGCCCAGCGCUCUAGCACCACCGGACAUCUGCUCGUAGUCAUGCCCAAGGCGUGAAACGCCCCAAUCAUUUCUUCUUCUAAUAAUUUGUUUGGCAACCAACUGCUGCUGUCCCGGUGGUUAUACAACUGAGU